CGGCCGCCCCGUGCACCCCGCGCCGCGCUCGCCCUCACCGCCGCCACCUGCUGCUCGCCCACGUCCGCGCUGCGCCCCAACAUGGCUGGCAAAGCACACAGGCUAAGUACUGAGGAGAGGGACCAGCUGCUGCCAAACCUGAGGGCUGUGGGAUGGAAUGAGCUGGAAGGCCGAGACGCCAUCUUCAAGCAAUUCCAUUUCAAAGACUUCAAUAGGGCAUUUGGCUUCAUGACAAGAGUGGCCCUGCAGGCGGAGAAACUGGACCACCAUCCUGAAUGGUUUAACGUGUACAACAAGGUCCAUAUCACCCUGAGCACCCACGAGUGUGCGGGCCUUUCGGAACGGGACAUAAACCUGGCCAGCUUCAUCGAACAAGUAGCUGUGUCCAUGACAUAGACCCAGCCUUUCCGCUUUGAAUUCUUCAGGGAAAGAAGUGACUGAACUGGAAAUCCAGAGAGAAGGAAUGGAGGAGCCCCAAAAUGUGGCUACAGUUAAAAUUGCCAAGUCCACCCUGCUCUCUCCAUGGAGGGGUGAGUGCUUGCUGUGGAAAGAGAUGCCAGCAUCACUGCCGACACCAGGAACUUAGACCUUUCCCCGGCACACCACACUCUUCAUCCUUGGGGCUCUAUUAAAUGUACACUAAUUUGAAUAAGAUCUUCUCAUUCUUUAUAACUUCCCAGCAACAGCAAUGAUUUUCUUUCCAGGCUGUGCCUUUGCUCCCUUUGUAAUUCACUUCUCAGGAAGCUGUGAUAGAAGCUAUGCUUAAGACAAAAUCUUAUCUUAGAAAAAGCCAACCCUAUCCUAUGUGACAGAAACACAUGUGCUUUUACGCCUCAAAUAAAACUAUCUUUCACUUGG